UGCAGCCAGCGUUGCUCUCACACAACUCUGUUUCUGUGCUAACUUGCAGACGUUAGUGACUUUCGGUUUUAACACCAGAACUUCUGAACCUGCUGUCUCCAGCACACCUCCCUGCCGCUCUUCCUUCCCCACCCACCUCCUUGCCAGUAGCCCCAAGGAAAGGUUCAGCAGCAGCCACCAUGGUCGGAGGGAUGGCGGUGAGGACCUGGAUUGAGCCCGUGGUAGCUGGUGCCCAGAUAGCCAGCUCCUUUUACGACACAGGGCUGCUGCUAGUGGUGAAGAACUACUACAACCGGACCAGCUCAACCUCCCCAGCGCACAUGCUUGAGGAUCUACAGCAGAAAGCUGUCUCUGACUUCUACAUCAUCUACAACUUGAUUCUGGGCCUGAGCCCCUUGUUGACGGCCUACGGCCUGACAAAGCUUGGCGACAAGAAGAACAGGAAGCUCACCAUUUGCUUACCUCUCCUCGGCUAUCUAGUCUCCAGGUCCCUCCUGCUCCUCUUAAUCCUGCUGGAGUGGCCUAUUGAGGUGUUGUAUGGGGCGGCGGCCUUAAACGGUCUGACGGGAGGUUUCACCACCUACUGGGCUGGCGUCAUGGCUCUGGGGUCUCUGGGCUCCUCCGAGCACAGGAGGUCUCUGCGGCUGAUUGUUAUCGAGCUGACCUAUGGGAUGGCGGGCUUCUUGGGAAGCAUAGCGUCUGGGCACAUCUUCGUCCAUUCCCACAUAAGUUAUCAACAGGGCACCGUGCUAGUGGCCUGCAGCAUUGCCUGCUAUGCCUUCUGCUUCCUCUACAGCGUCUUUGUUCUGAAAGUCCCUAUGCCUGAAGGCACCUGCCCAGCUUCCCUAGCUCACAGCAAACCCAAGGACAUAGAUCAGCCUGACAGCCAGCUACCAGAGGAUGAAGGAACUGCAGGGAAUUCAGGUUCCUGUGAGAACGAGGGGCGCAGCCCCCUGGCACCAUCAAAACUCAUCAUUGCAAUGCUCUUCGUCGGGGCAGUCUUGUAUGACCUAGCAGUUGUGGGAGCCAUGGAUGUGCUUCCGCUGUUUUUGCUUAAGAAACCUUUGAGCUGGGGCCCAGUGGAGAUUGGCUAUGGCAAUGCUGCUGGCUACAUGAUCUUUAUUACCAGUUUCCUGGGGGUUUUUGUGUUCUCCAAGUAUUUAAGGGACACGACUAUGAUCAUCAUUGGGAUACUGUCCUUCAGCAUUGGCAUUCUCAUCAUGGCCUUUGUGCGACAGACAUUCCUGUUCUACAUUGCUCGGGCCAUAAUGCUGUUUGCUCUCAUCCCCUUACCAACCAUCAGAUCUCUGUUAUCCAAACAUGUACAAGGAUCGUCCUAUGGUAAGGUGUUUGUCUUGCUGCAGCUGUCUUUAGUGAUCACGGGGGUAGCUACAUCCACAGCCUACAACAAGAUCUAUCAACAUACACUGGACUGGUUCAGCGGGCUCUGUUUCAUUUUGUCUUGUGUCGCUGGCUGCCUAAGCAUCAUCCCCAUCAGCAUCGUGGCCUGCAAGCAACGCUCACCGUCUGGCUCCCUUGAAAUCCUCGCGGCCUGAGGGCAUGCCGUUGCAAGUUUUAGCUCUGGGAGUUAUUGCAGGUUAGAGCACCCUACUGUACUAGAGAGCUCAAGAGAACGGAUGAUGGAAGACAGCUCUUUGGGUCUGCCAUGCUAGUUUUAGGCUGAAAGUAAACCCGUUGGCUUAGGUGACAGCAGCCAGGUAUCCAUGCCAUGGACUGGGUAGCCAACUGGCAGAGGCCAGUAAGCACACCACCUCCCUCACCCAAGGGGAGAGGCACUCACAGUGCUACUUCUGGGGUACAGAAGUGGUAGACCAUCUUUGCUGGAGUCAGGCCAGUAGCAUUUGAUUUCAAAUUUAUGCCAGUGGCAGGGAUGACACCAUCUCGGCUGCUAGUCCAAAAAAAAAAAAAAAAACACACAACAACUUUAGUGUGGCAAUAACAUUUGGAGCAAGAGCUCUGUCUGGCCAUAGAAGGGCUGUAGAUACAACCCCCUGCUGAGAUAAACACCUCCAUUCAGCAGCACUGCCUGGAGGAAUUUAUGGACAGGCAAGAGGGAGGGAGACUUGCUACCAGUCAGUCCUGGAGGGGAGGAUUAGGUUUGUCAGAAUACAGAAACCUAAAAAUUUCCCUUACCCUCCCCCUGGCAGAUUAAAUUAGAGGGUGGUGAAGGCAUAGAAAGAGACACGGGAUACAAAAAGGGGCAAGCUCCUUUAUAGAAGGAAGCCCCUUUUCAGAGUGAUGCCGACCUGAGGGGAAGAUACAGCGCUCGAUCCUUUGUUUUGUCACUCUAGAGAUGAUUGCAAGCUUUUCAGGGCCUGAACUGUCUUAUUUGUAGAACAACCUACCCCUUCUCUUUCCCUCUCCCCCCCCAGCUGUAAACCAAUUGAUCAGCUUGAGAAACCACAACACUUUUCGUAAGCUGUAUCAUAGUCAGACCAUCAGGGACAGGUUCUGAACCUGCAAUGAAGCGGGAGCAGAGCUCAUGCAUGACACUCUCUUUUAGAGCGUACUGUAGGUACGAUUAGUAGUGGAUGCAAAACUGAAGUUGUUACUUCAUCAGGAGCCACUGACUAUUAACAGUGUUAAACUAUUUCUGAAAGGCACGAGGACCCCAGAAAUCCCCAUAUGUAGCAAUUAAACUCACUUCCCCCCAUGUGUAAAUAAGUUGUAAAUCAAUGCAUCAAGAAAGAAUUACUGAACAGGUAUAUGUGCUAAAUGCCUUGGUUUGGUGGGCCUGGUGUUAGAUGCUCUCUCCAACAGCACUGUGCCAACAUAUCCAUGCAGUCUAAGGGGGGUGGGGAGGGGUACUAUUCGAAGUGACCCUGCCAUGAAGCAGUGAGACCAUCAUGAGGCAGUUGUGUGAACUCGACCCUAGAAAGCCCCAGCAACAUGAGGAUUAAAAUUCAGCACCUUGCGUAAGCAGAGUAGCAAGUACAUUUGCUUUAAAUACGAUGUCCUGCUGUUUAUUUGCACUAUGCUGAGGCUCCUUAACUGUGUCCUCAUAAGGAAAGGUUGGUUAUGCAGUCAAGAUGCUGGACUAGGUUGUAGGAGCUCUAGGGUCAAGUCCUGGCUCUGUGUGACCUUGCACAAAUCACUCCCCUACAGAGAGAACAUCUCAUUCUCCCCAUUUUAUAAAUGGGAAACCAAGGCAGAGUGAUAUUGCAAAGAUAAAGGUGUACGUGAGGUGCUCGCACUCUGGUGAGGGGUACUACAAGGAAGUAGAUGUAAACAACUGAGUUAUCACAUUUGUAUAGCAUAGGUGAAAUCUCACCCCUGCCCAGGAAGAGGGAAUAUUAAAAGCACGAGUUUCACCACCAUAGAGAAAGACAGGGCAGU